UGCUGCUGUUGUUGCCGCCGCCGGCUAGGCUAAGCGGACCGUUGGCAGAAGGAUGGUGUGUGAGAAAUGUGAAAAGAAACUCGGCAUGGUUAUCACUCCAGAUACAUGGAAAGAUGGGGCAAGGAAUACCACAGAAAGUGGCAGAAGAAAGCUUAAUGAAAACAAAGCUUUGACUUCAAAGAAAGCAAGAUUUGAUCCAUAUGGAAAGAAUAAGUUCUCCACUUGCAGCAUUGGUAAAAGUUCUGUACACCAACCCGGUUCUCAUUACUGCCAGGGCUGCGCCUACAAAAAAGGCAUCUGUGCAAUGUGUGGCAAAAAGGUCUUGGAUACCAAAAACUACAGACUUCCGUGUAGGGGCUUUCUUUGA